AUGGCCGAGGCAACACUUCACAACGCCCCGAUUGUCAUUGACAACGGCAGUGGGACAAUCCGCGCCGGAUUCGCCGGAGAAGAAAUCCCAUCAUGUUACUUCCCUUCGUUCGUCGGGCGACCCAAACACCCCCGAGUGAUGGCGGGCGGGCUCGAAGGGGACGUGUUUAUCGGGCAGCGGGCGCAGGAGCUGCGCGGGCUGCUCAAGAUCCGGUACCCGCUGGAACACGGGAUCGUGACGGAUUGGGACGACAUGGAGAAGAUCUGGCACUACGUGUACGAGAACGAGCUGAAGACGCUGCCGGAGGAACACCCGGUGCUCCUGACGGAGCCGCCGCUGAACCCGCGCAAGAACCGCGACGUGGCGGCCCAGAUCAUGUUCGAGACGUUUAACGUGCCGGCGCUGUAUACGUCCAUCCAGGCGGUGCUGUCGCUGUAUGCGUCAGGGCGCACGACGGGCGUGGUCCUCGACUCCGGGGACGGGGUCUCUCAUGCGGUGCCGGUGUUUGAGGGCUUCGCGAUCCCGAACAGUAUACGCCGGAUUGAUGUGGCGGGGCGGGAUGUUACGGAGCAGUUGCAGCUGCUACUUCGGAAGAACGGACACGUGCUGCAUACGAGCGCGGAGAAGGAGGUGGUGCGCAUGAUCAAGGAGAAGGUCUGCUACGUGUCGUUGGAUCCGAAGCGCGAGGAGAAGGACUGGAUGAACAGCUAUCACAAGUCGGAGGCAAAGUCUGUUGACUACGCAUUGCCUGAUGGGCAUAAGAUCAAGAUUGGACAAGAACGCUACCGAGCCCCCGAGAUCCUGUUCGAACCCGAACUCAUCGGCCUGGAAUAUCCGGGCGUGCACCAGAUCGUGCAGGACGCCAUCACACGCACAGACCUCGAUCUCCGCAAAUCGUUAUACCUCAACAUCGUACUGUCGGGCGGAUCAACCCUGUGCAAGAACUUCCCGGACCGGCUGAUGCGCGAGAUCAAGCGGCUCGCCGUUGAGGACAUGAAGAUCCGCAUCUCCGCGCCCGCCGAGCGCAAGUACACGACCUGGAUCGGCGGCGGCAUCCUCGCGGGACUCAGCACAUUCCGCAAGAUGUGGGUGAGCGCAGACGAAUGGCACGAAGACCCGGAGAUCAUUCAUCGGAAAUUCGCCUAG